AUGGAUGCUUCGCGAGAGGAGCGGCAGCAAAUGCGGCAGCGUGGAGCUGCGACGCGCAAAGCAAGAGAAGUUAAUUUUGGGUUCUCAUUUGGUAGCCCAGGGCUUGGUUUACCAGCGCCCGCACCCACUGCGACUGUCCCUGAAGCUCAGAGUCCACCGCGAACACAGACCGCGCCGAACACAACACCACGACCGUUAAAGCUAUCGCAACCGGGAUCGCAAGCCCGGGGGAUUGAGCGCACACCGGGAAGUGCGCGCAACAAGCUCCCAGAAAGGCCCUCGACAUAUGAGAUACCCUCCUCCGAUGAUAGAUCUGAACAAACACGAAGUAACAAGAGGAGAAAGAUCAGUCCUACUAAUGGAACAGAAGAUACUCCUUCUCGUCGGAAUGGUGGGCGAACUAAGAAUGGCGAUGCACACCCUGUUGAUAGCAGUGCAGGUAGCACAGAGUCUCAAACAAGCCAUGCCCAGGAACCUCCCAAUACAGAUGCACCUCCUCCGUCAGAAACAACGAACAACCAAUCUCCGCAGCCUCACAUCUCACUCAUUGGGGAGACCUCAGUCAAAGCUCAGCGUCCGAUAGAAGAGGGGACCAAUGGCGCGGAAUCAACAUCACCUGCCGAAGAGCAAUUAGCCGAAGGCAUAUCUCCAGUGUCUAAUUCUACGGUACCUGAGGUAGCUGAAGAACCACAAGCGCCGAUUUCAUCGCCUGAAGCUCAGGCCGGGGUCGAACAUCCUGAAAACACAGAGCAACUACACGACAAACGACGUAACACUCGGUCACCACCACGGCCUGAGGAGCACAUCCAAAUAAACAAGGAAAACAAACGGGCUACCUCGGAAACCGCUUCUUCGGUUGUUCAGAUAGAGAAAUCGGCCACAAAAUCCUUAUCACCACGUGGUAGCUCUGCCGAGGCUGUUAAAGCUAGCCAUAUGCCGACUACUGACGAUCAUGUCGAGAUGACUGAGGAUGUUCCACCAUCCCAAGAUAACCAAACAUCCCAAGGGCCUUCUACAAAGACGAAAAAGGCCCGGGGUCGCCCACGGCAUCAAUCCACCGCGGAGAACACUCCUGAACUGCAGGUAGAAGAGGCUAUCCAAGAACCUACAACCGAGGCGCAAGAUAACCCCCAGGCGGCGCAAACUGAGGGAGUCCCAAAGACCAAACGGCCUCGUGGGAGACCCUCGCUUAACAAGAAGACCAUUGAAGCUAUCGAGAUUGAGAAGAUUUCACAUGGGCCUAUUCCAGAUGUUGCAGAGUCAUCUUUGGGGCCACGCCGUGGUCGCAAGCCAACGUCACAAAAGGGCGAUCAGCCUGAAACUGUGGUGGAAUCUGCUGUGCCCAAGCCACAACGCGGUAGGCCUGCGAAGAAAGCAAACCACGCAGUAGAGCCUGAACCCGAGGCUGAGCCUGCGACAGCAGACCAAGCAGAACCAGAGAUGGAACCUGCUGUUCCCAAGCCACAACGUGGCAGACCUGGGAAGAAAGCCAAACGCGCAGCAGAAACUGACCCCGAACCCGAGCCGGAACCUGCGACAGCAGACGGGCCAGAACCAGAACCUGCGGUACCUAAGUCUCGUGGCAGACCCGGGAAAAAGACCAAACAUGCAGCCGAAACUGAGCCCGAACCUGAGACAGAAGUUCAACCAGAACCCGAAGUAGAAACCGCAGUAUCCAAGCCCCAACGUGGUAGGCCUGGAAAAAAGGCCAAUCGCGCAAUGGAGCCGGAACCGGGGCCUGCCACACAAGACCAGCUGGAGCCUGAAGCCGAACCUGCAGUGCCCAAGAAUCAACGUGGUAGGCCCGGAAAGGCAAGUCGGGCGGUGGAACCAGAGCCCGAGCCCGAGCCUGUUACAGAAGACCAGCCGGAACCCGAAGCGGAAUCUGCAGCGCCCAAGUCACAGCGCGGCAGACCUGGGAAGAAGGCUAAGCGCGCAGUGGAGCCCGAGCCUGAACCCGAGACAGAACCCCAACCCGAGGCUGAGCCUAUACAAGAACAGUCUCGUCGUAAGACUCGAGAGCCUCGUGGAGAAACAGUCCCGGUCACUGUUUACCGUCUCGCCAAUGUCAAUUCUCUAGGUGGCACAGCAUCCACGGCCGAGGGAUCUGGAGACGAAGAAUCCGCCGAUGAACUCACCACGCACCAGAAGGCCAAGAUACCCAACCGCGGCGGUGUCAACCCGGCUGAUGUAUUGAGCCAGAUCUGCCGCGAGACUCUGGAGAAGACACUCAAUACACUCAAAGAUGGAAUUGCCAACGAGGCGAACGCUACCCGACGUGCAGAGUGGUCUCGCAAGAGAAAAGCCGUCGAGAUAUUUAGCUCGGAGCUUGACAGCCGCCUCAUGGACCUAAGCGGGAUACUCGAUAGCAAUUUUGUCCUUGGCGUGCAAUUGAAGAAGACUAAGCGGGAGAUGAUGGAUCUACGGAACCAUCUAUACCGGGUCCGCCGAGAACGUGAGAACAUAGCUUUGCAGAUGGAUGCAGUGCGCAGCAGACACAUCGAAGAGGAGAAAGUCAAAUCGUCACGAUCCACGAUUAGCAAUUCCCUCCACAGUCUUGAAUUGGCCCUCGACCGUAACAAGCAACGUCCUGCUUCUGCUGCGGACUCUUCUACGGAUCUUGAAUACAUGCUUCGCACCGUUGCCGACGUGAGUUCCCGAGCCCCUGGAGCACAAGGCGGUCUCUUGAACCAAAUCCGGGCGUUCAACGCACAGCUCGAGGCUACUAUUGAUCGCCUGGAGCGAUGA